AUGCUCGUGCCAAAUCGAGAGCGCGCCGCACGCCAGUUAGACGCUGGCGUCCUCCACGCACGUGUGCGCACGCGAGCCUCGCUCGCCCGGCCCCUAGACGGCGCGGUGCCUGCUGCCGCUGCUACUUGUCAAAAAUCUAGAUGUGCCCGACUUCUCCUCAACGCAGUCUUCCCGUCCUCGUCCACUCUCACCUACGGCUUGGAUGUGAAGGUGUUGGCGGAGGCUACUGUCAAGCGAUUUUAA